ACAAGAUACAAGAAGCGCUGUCUAAAAGGAAAAUUUUCUUUCAACUCUCAACCGCACAACUAUGGGUCAUCAAAUUUUCUUUUUCUAUGUGACUUUUAUUACUCUAGUGGCUUUCAGCUCAGGUAAGCAGUUAUACAUUAGUGAUGACUGAAUUAAUGGUAUUGAGCACAGAGCACUCCUACGGCCGAAAGCGAAACGAAUACCGUACUUUCAGUUUUUCAAUGAAUCGCUGAGGGCCAAUAGAAACUUGCAGCAAAUCGAUGUCUGCAUAAAAGAGUUCUUAAGGAUAGAGGCGUUGUCAGAAAUUCAAUAUUUCAUUUUCUUAUCAAAGGAGAUAAGCGCAGAAUUCAUUAUUGAACAAAAAUUAUAACCUACGCGUUUCGAGAUAUCGAGGCUAGUGUUAAUAUGUUGAGAUUCUACAUUGGAGAAAAAACCAAAAUGUAAUUCACAACAAAUGUUAGCGUAAUGUAACUUACUCGUUACGAAAUUUCAGAUUUUUUCAACCUAAGACUGGCCUAGCUCACCUUAGAGUCUCUGUUUGUCUGUGAUUGAGCUUCACAACGCGUAAUCCAAAGGUCUGAGGUUCGAUUUCUUACAGGCACUCUUAUUUCGUCCUUACGUUCGUUACAUGGCGAAAAAAACGAACCACUGUAUGUUUCUCAUUGUCAAUACACCUCUAUGGAGAAAUCAAGCGAUAAAGGGAUAUAAUAUUAAAGGCGCCUUACGAGUCUGUAAAUUUCUCUUUGUUGAUUGCGUCAUGGUUGGUUCAUUGUAAGUAUUGAUCGUAGAAAAUGUUCAAUAUGUUUCAAUGAGUAGUGAGUUAUUAAAAAAAAAUCGCCAAGUUACGCAUUAAAAUUGUUCAGUAUUUUGAGCUUUUGGCAACUGUUUCGACCUUUGCAUGACUAUAACAUAUUGCGGGUUCUGUCAGUGAUAUCAUAAAGACUAUGGUCUCAACAAAUAUAAUGUUAGGUUGACCGAGCAUAAUGAUCGAUUAUAGAUGCAAUUAGUUGAGUUAUUUUUUCGCAUUACGCGUUCGUUUCACAGGGAAUGUUUGCUAAUAAAUUGUGAAGUGGUAUCCUUGCGGCGAAAAGUAUGAUGAAUUUAGAUAUGAGGUGAGACUAUCUCGCCGUCACUGUCCGUACAGCAGAUAAUUUAGAGCGGGUUGGAUGAGGACAAAGUCAAAACCCUCAGCUCGCGAGGGUAUCUUCGUUUUUGAAUUGAAUUAAUGUUUUUCGAUCCCUUUUGUUUUGCCUCGCUCUGUUACAAUCGUUUCCUUCCUGUUAUAAACCACUAAAGCUAUACAAAGACUUGUAUUCGACGCCUCUUAUUCGAGUUUUUUCGAUUCAUUUCUCGUGACGAGCAUAUCUGAAUCGCAUAACUUAACGCAAAUAAUAAACUCGAAUGUUGUUUUGACAGUUUGAAAUUUUUUUUCUGUCCUUUCAAUGCAACCAUUUAUACUAAGCGACGUGGAUUACUUGUUCUUCGUAUCUAACAACUCUACAACGACGCGUAAGACAAUAAAAGUAAUCUCCAAACAAGAUAUGACUCCAAGAGAUUAAAUCUCUUGAUUACUCGUUUGUGAAAAGUGAGCUUUUUUCCCUUAGAAUUUUUGCGGAAUAAGCACUGGACUGAAUCAAAUUGAUCUGGCUCAGUGACAGCCAGAAAUGAAACUGCCGUUUUCUCUGCUCGUAAAUUCACUUUGACCAGUCAUAACAUCGUCAGGAAACUGGAAGGUCUUUCUUUUAUUUUACCAUAAACAUGAACUCUUUUCAUCUGAUGAAGAGUAAAAUGGCACUAUGAAGGUUCAGUUUGUUAGCGACUUGCUAUAUGGACGAAAACAAUAAUAUUAUGCGUAACGUAGAUUGAUUAUCGAUCGAAAUGACCCUCUUGUGCAAAAAACCUCUAUCGUGCAGGAUCAUGCGGUGAGAAGCUGAAUUGAAUGAAACAGUUAUUAUGUUAUUUCUUUUGUCAAAGCGGUGAUUUAUUAAGAGAAUUUCUAGAACAUAUUUCCCUUCUACUUAAGCCAUUAAUUUUGUUCCAGCAAGCAGCUAAUUGAUUUGAAAUCAAUUCACAGUCCCUGGAUCUCUGAGGAUGAUUGAAAACAUACGAGUAAUUUAAAAACACUGGAGGACCACGUGAAAGAUUGAGCCAUUGAGAAAAUGAGCCAAAAUUUAAAGAAACGACAGUGAAGUACUUCGCAUUAAGACACGACUGGUCGAUAUCAGUGUAUACACGCGAGAACCAUGAAUUAAUAAAUUAAGACGCCAGAAUCGUAUGGGCUUCUCUAAUAUCUUCUCUUGAAGUUCCCAGGUAUGACUGCUUGCCCCACCGUUUUUCCCAAACUUUUCAACCUCCUCUAUUUAGCGUCAAAAAUUAAAAAGAAAAGGAAAUUUAAUCAACUCGUGUUUGAACCUAUAAAAAUUUCUAAAACUUUUCUCUUUCGGCUAUUAUUGUUUCACGAUUGUCCUCUGCCUGGAGAUACACGGCGUAUUUUUGAGAUUUUUUCUUUGAUUUGAUUCGGUAGCCUCUGCUGUAACUACGUAUCAUGUAGGUGUCUUAAACCAACUGUCCAUGACCUUAGCAACUCUAGCCAAUGAAAUACGAAAUUUGUCUAACAUGCUUCUCGAUCUUGUGCUGCGAAAGUUUGCUUUAAAAUAAGGCAAGCUUUAACAAGAAUGUCAUAAGUAAAACUUGAUGACGAAGAGAGACUUAGGAUUCGAUCGUGAAGACACUUAUAGAAAACUUGAGAUAAUGCCUGGAUUUCAUUUUUACAUCAGAGAAAUCAAUUCCAAACAUCAAUUAAGUUUUCUCCUUAGUUUUAAAAUCGAGGUGAUGUUGUUAUUGGCUACAUUAUAAAUGGGUUGAAAAGUUUUAGAUGGAAUUUUCUCAUGUUUGCAAAUAGUUGAACUUACUGGAAGGUAGAGUUGUCGCAUCAUGUUAAGACGAAGGACAACAAUAAAUUUUAUUUAUAUGUAAAACGUUUUCAUUUGACUAUCUACUGGCAAGUCUUUGUAUUAUAUUUCGACCCAACCAUUUUCAACAACUUGUAAACACCAUAAUAAAGAAUAAUUAGUCAGGGAAGAGGAACAUUUGUGGCAUAUACACCACGUUUGAAAUGCCAUAUCCAUAAUAAGCUAACAGGAUUGAGGAGGGUUUAUGUGGGAAUCGCCCCUGCUGCCAAAAUUCUGAUGAGGUUGGGCUGUCUAGGUAAAGGAACUGAAGAUUUUAGUACGCCGUGACUUUUUCAACCCUGAAAAGUAUCAUCGUAAAAGCCAUACUUGUGCCUCGUAAAACAUUGUUAUUCUGAUAACUAGUUUAAAGAAGGAUACAACAUUUUACCGCAAAAAUUUUUUGCAUAGGCUGUGCACAAAAGUUUAAUUUUAAUAUACUUUUAUAACCAAUACCGAUUCCUACAUAAUGAAAUGUUAAUAGGAUCAGAAGAAAUAAUAGUGUGCCAUACAUCUGUAAGAUUUCAUGCAAUUAUUUUAAUUACAUGAAUAUUAACUGAUACUAGGAGACCUAAGAAUAUUCGAAAGAAAGUGAAAUUUGUGUGAAAAAUUAGAACUCAGCACAGGCCAAAUAAACAAGAUUCUUACAAAAAGAAAUGUGUACUGAUGAAAACGCUACGCAACCUUUUUACAACACCUGCCUGUACCCGUAUGGGACAUAGUAAAGUCAUUUGAAGUAGCCAUAAUUCUGGUUUUUUAUGUUUAAAACAUAUACUUAUGUAGAUUUCCUAUAAACCUGUAGUUCAAGCCUGUCAUGACUUCAAAAUUUUAAUGCACACCUCAAAAGGAGAAGAAAUAAAUUUCAAGUUUCGAUUUAUUCAGUUUAGGUUAGUGAAGUAAAAUUGAGUAAAACAUUCAUUCAACGACAGGUUCAAGAAAUUUUCAAAACUAAUUUAUAAGGUUAGCCUACCUGGAACAAUCAUCUUCAUGUACAAAUUAGACCAUUUAAAAAGAAAAACUGAGGUUAUCAUCUUUCCACAAGCUUAGUGGAAAGCAAGAAUGAGCGAGACUGAUAGUGACUAUGUUAUUUGCGUAAAUAUCCAGAGAAGGAAAAAAGGGAAUGGUCUGCACAACUCUCUCAUUUUAAUUUUAUAAACUGUUAAAACAGCUUUAAAAAAUUCUGUAUCCUCACUUUCAAAGAAAAGUAUUUCCCAUGAAAAUUUAAAUAUUGAAGACGUAAGCUACCAGCAACAGGUUUUUCCAUUGUAACUGUUCCAUAAGAUCACAUUCUCACCACAUUUUUUUGUUACAUUUGAAACCAUAAGUAUAUUUUAAUCAUUACGGUAUAGUGAAAUCCCCAUUUUAACCCUCUUAGUCCCACUAGUGACUAGGACAGAAUUUCUCCUAACACUAUCAAUAGAAUAUUAAGCAUACAAGUAAUGAGAAUAAAGUAAAAUACCAAUUAGGGGAUUACUGGUUGAUUUAAUUCCAAAUUCUCCAAACUAACAUCACAUGAAUUGCAUGGCCAUAGCCAUCAGAAAUGCUAACACCAAAGCCAUGGAAUACGCAACUUUCGGUUUUUCUUUUAUUGUAUUGGUUUUCUUCCCCUUCUGGGAAGGUUUGAACCUCAUUGCCUGAGGGCGAUACGGAUUUUUUAGUGUUUUAGCUGCCAUAAUUCGAGAAAACUCCUACAAACAAAUUUUAGUAAGAAUCGUGAAUGCUUCGCUGUUCAUUCAUCAACUUGACCGAGUUGCACCAAAGGCGAUUGACGUGUAAGCAGCUGAUUGGCUAUAUCAACAACCGUAAAAAAAUGCGAUAUUUUUUCACGUGUGUUGUUACGGCUUUUCUCAGGGCCGGAAAUCCUUGUAUAGCACCGCAGUUUAUGUGAUAAAUAUGAUUAUUGCCCUGAGAAAAGCCGUAACAACACACGUGAAAAGAUAUCGUAUAUCAAGUUCAGUGCCUCCAAAGUCAUAAGCCGGGUUUUGGGGCUACAAAAUAAAAAAUUGAGUCAACGAGUUACGCCAGGCCAAUUUGUUGAGAGUCAUUCAAGUAUAGUUUCCAAAAAUCAUAUGGAAAGUUUAAAAUGUACUUCAUUUGUGCUACAUAUACGAAUUCAACGUUCCUAAUUACUGAUGGAAUUCCGAGGGUGUGACUCAAUUAAUUCAAAAUGGUUCGCGAAUUGUAAACUGAUGAUGCGAUCACAAAACUUCCCGAAAUUAUUGUACCGUUACAAAUUUAUCGUUCAUAAUCACCAAUUCCGAGAUCGUACCUCAAUGAGUUCAACAGAGAACAUCUUAGAAUUGGAAAACUGUGACCAAAAAUUACUUACGAUGACUAUGUGCUUACCAGCGUGCUUGUGGGCUGAACUGCCAGGACUCUGUUUAAUUACACGAUCACUAAGCUCGGACGCUUCUUGCGAUGAAUAUUAAUUUAAUAGAUUGAUCAUUCAGUUUCAAGCAUUAAGAGUAAAAUUAUCGUAUCGCAAGCACGUUCAUCAUAACCCAAGCAUUAAGUACGCCUCGAGAUGUUGAGCAAAGAGAAAGUGGCUCCAUGUUUUAUGAUACAAACCAUUUCCUGAAGUUCGAACUAAUCGAGCAGAAAGCAUAAAAACAUAACACUGAAAAGGUACCACGACCAAACAAUGGAAUUCACUCAUUCCGCACGACUAACUCCAGUUUGCCCGUGAGUUCGUUUACAUCACACGUUUGCUUGACGGUUCUCAUAUAACAAUAUUGUCAAAAUCAAAUUACCGCGUCAGACUUAAAGUAAACACGAACAGCGUUGACUCACUUUCAUUUUCUGGAAAGGCCAUCGCUUCGCUUUCAGGAUAAGGCAACACAUUUCGACAAAGCGCGCUUUUUUUUUUUAAAGAAUAGAGUAAAUCCUGCUAUAGUUAACUGAAGAGAGAAAGAGGUAGAAAGUUUCCACCGUUCCCUAUCAUUUGAAAACUUUCUAGGGAAAAUAAAAUCCGUAGGAUAACUUCUUUUCCCUUAACACCACGAUUGUAUUAAACAUUCCAAACGAUAGAGCGAGAAACAACUUGAAGAAUACGAACACUAUGUAAUGUUUUUCGAGCGAUUAACCGGCUCGAGGGCUUUUACGCGAUGAAUGCCAAAGUCAAUGUUUUACCGAAACGCGAUUUGAGUUGUGUAUAAACUGAAGCUAAUAUCAAACGACAAUUGGUAAAAAAAAAAAAAAGGUUUGAGUUUUUCUGGGCUGUUGUGCAAAACCCAGAUAAGGCUCGACUUACUUCCUCUUCCUUUUCGGAUCCUUCGUAGGUCGUUUCUCUUUGUUGAUAACUUCUUUUUUGUCUGUCUGCUGGAGCGUCUUUGUGGUUCCUUCUCGUGUUGCUCUUAACAAGAUAUUCGCCUUCUUACAUAUGCCUUUUCUUGUUCCCUUUUGCGUUCCCCUCGCCGUAUUCUGCCUAUUUUGGCGUCCUUUCUAGCUCUCUUGUGCAUUUUUCUCGACUCGCUUUACGCCUUUUACUUCUUGCUUUCUAAGGUCGCUCUUUGUCUUUCUUUUCAGCCUAUUUUGACUCAAAAUCUUCUCUCCACGAACUUGAAUGAUGACAAUUUCCGAGUUGAUUAUAAAUUGCAAGAUACUGAGAGUUACUAUUCAACUAAAACCUAACUAGUUUGAUUUCCUGCUCAAAACGCGGAUUGCAAAUUAUUUGCUUACGCAGCUUCGCAUCUACUAGCAACUCUAGAGCUUAGCACUCGAGUAUGCGCACUUCAUUGUUAUUUGCCGGUGUCUCUUAGCGCACACUAAUGAGGUAUCCAAGUUACGCACACAAUCGCGCCUGCGCAUUACCUUCUCUCUCCGCCCUUCCAUUACGUAAUAGCUAAGAUAGUGCCCGCGGUACAAUUGGCCGCGCAUGCUAAAAGUAGCACCUUUUAAUUUACAAGGUGCUACUUAUGACCCGAACGGUCAUAAGUCCAAAUUUUUUCGGCUUGAUGGGUUACUACUAGUUUGUAUAAUGGUGGGGCUACGCUGCGCGUGCUGCGAGCUCCGCUAUGAUACGAAUGAUUUUAAAAGUUCUAAUAUUAAAAUACAAAGUGAAAACUGUAUUACCCUUAAUUUGAUAGGCGCUGAGCUUCAGGUUACAGUAAAAGUUUACGAGAGAUUCUUACUGGCAUGCCCUUCAUUCAGCGAUCGAGGAAAUGUGCGAGAAAUCAAGUGGUAUCGCUGCUCUCCCAGGAACAAUGAUUGCGACAACGAAUGGAUGAAUUUCCUGAUAGCGUAUGUCGACAGUAUGAAUGAAACAGAAGCCGAUAAACCAAACUUUGAUGUUUACGAAAACGGAACCUUAGUUAUUAAGAUGGUACAACCCACGGAUGAUGGAGUAAUGUUUAUCUGUUCCGCCGAAAAGUAUUAUGCAAGGAGAAUACCGAUCACCACGGUCCUCAAUAUUGCCCAAGGUGAUGCUUAUAUAUGUGUUUAAUGAUGAUGAUAAUAGCAAUAAUAAUAGUAAUAAUAAUAAUAAUAAUAAUAAUAAUAAUCUAUUCUUCAUGGUAAUAACAGUGGGAACUUAAGUGGGCAAUCCACAUGGUGGCUUUUCUUCUCCGUGGUUUCCAGGUCGAAAUGCAAUUUGGAAUGUUGUUUUAAUGGGGAGAAGGCUAAUUGAAGAACCCUAUGGAAAAAAAAAAAAAAAAAACAGGGGCAGGGAGGGACCGUUUAUUGAGGGUCUCGUUAAGUUAACGUGCCCUUAAAAUGUACCGUUCUGAGCCGCUUCUCUGUUCUUUAAAUAUUGAUAUUAAAAUGUGGCUUUUUGGCCUCAAACUUUGCCGGACCUUCUUGAAACAGGCGCCACGUCCAGAAAGUGAAUACGAGCCACAGCGAUGGGAGGCGAGCGCUCUCACCACUGCUCAUGCACCACCACCCCCCCCUUCGCUCCUCGCUUUCGUUUAUAUAAUCGCAUCACUUUGGAUGCUGUUUCUUUGCAUUUUUGAUUUUCUUCUUUUUCAGCUAAAUGAAUAAUUUUAAUUUUUUUAGACCCCCCAAAAUUAAUACCAGAGUGUCCUCGAUCGAUUCAUGUCAUUAAAGGAAUGGAUCUUCAUAUGGAUGCGCUAGUACAGAGCUAUCCUUACCCCUGGGUAACUUGGAGCCAUAAUGGGAGACUCUUAGAGAAUACAUCGAAUGUCGCUUCAGAAACAAGGCUUAAAAUUUGCAACGUCACUGCAAAUCAAGAUGGACGUUACUCCUGUUACGCCGAGAAUAUUUUUGGACAUGAUAUCUUCACCGUAGACGUUAAGGUUCAAGGUAUUGAUUUUAUUCGUAGUUAGGCUAGCUUCGUAAGAGUAGAUGUAGCCUGUAAGGAAAGAGAAACACAGAAAUUUUGCUGUUUUUGGUCUAUUACUUUUUUUAUUGUUAUUCGUGUUGUUUGUUACUUUUCUUUUUUGAUUUGUUUUGCUUGUUUGUUUUCCCUAAUUUUCUUCUGUUUUGUUUUUAAUAGUUUUAUUAUUUUUCUUCUAUAUAACCUACAAUUUAAGAGGAAAGCUGCACACCUACUCAGACGCUUCCGUGUGGAAUUAAGAAGGUGACGACGAGCCCAGCAUUAGGUAAGUCUUCCUGCUCAUUAACCUUUCCAGAUGACCCAAAUGUACUGACCAAGGUUCCGAGAACCCCUCAAGUUCCAUGUUUGUAAACCAGCAUCCGGAUAUGUUUCUUUUCUCCCUCGAGUGUGUCCCAAGUAUUGAUCACAAAACGUCAUGACGGGGAAAUAUGAAGUGACUACACAUUAACCUGACUUAUAUAGGAUUGCAUUAAUUGUGACGAUAGGUUUUCGCGCACUCUAACUGGACUUUUCGCGGGAAGGUGCAAACGGGGGGAAUUAACUGGGUAGAGACCACACGGUUAACGAGAACGGAAACUCGUCACGAUUUCCUGGCACACGGAUAUCUACUUCGAGUGAGCUUGUGCGGACAUCAAGGAAGAGACGGCGUUUUGGUUCCACAGUAGACUUUUAUUCGCAGAGCGCUUUAACAUAAUCACGCUAGAGUCAAAACUAAAGCUGUAAUCGGCACGCCGUCGUCUGUAUAAUCGACACGCCGUCGUGGAUGUAAUCGAAAAAAAACUUUGCAAAGUACUUGCUUAAAUAUGAACUGGUGCGAGGUUCCAUUGUUACACAAAUCACAAUAUUUGAAUAAGGACACAAAGGAGAGGAAAAAAGUCUCUUUGAAGUUAAACGCAAACUACUUAAAUAUUCCAUCUGUUUCUACGACGGAAAGAAUUUCAAAAUUAAAAAGACGGAUGCAAUAAACUCGAGGCCAUUAAAAAUAGGAACUUAGGUGCGAAUUCACAGCUCUGAUAUAGAAAAUAAGCAGAGCAGCUUAGGAAAUAAAAACGGCAAAGCAAUUAAAAGUUUCUGCUUAUCUAUGCAAGGUUGGUGUGGAAACCUAUCGUUCGAAAAGAAAUUAAAGUUACGAGUAUAAACUCAGCUGCUAACUACCAUGAAAACCAAUUUUUCCAGAAAGACCAUUAAGACUUAUAUUUACCUAAAAUUCCACUAGUAAUGAUGAACAAAAGUAUCGACAUGCAGGUGCAUAAUGAAAGCGAGUUACAUGCAAAAUCUUUUCCAAAGCUACUGUGGUUUUUUUUUUCUUUUUUUUGAUUUACUAGGAUGAAAGAACUUGUAUGAACUCGAACAAUUGAAUAUGGUUAAAUUUGAAAGUUUACGAAUAAAUAUUUCAAACACACACGAAAAAUCAAUAAAUUUUCCCGUAACAUAAUUUUUAUCAACCUUUUUUUUUUCAUAAUCAAGAAGUUUCUUUAUCAACAUCAAUUAAGUACAAUUUGUUCUAUUCAAAUUUUCUCAAUGUAAGUUUUAGAGGAAAUUUCAAAAUGUGUUCAAACUUAUAUAGGAUUGCAUUUAUUUUUAUCAAUCCUUUUCUUUUCACUAACAAGAAGCUAUUUACUUUGCCACUCUGUUUCUACCCUUAGAUAUCCAAACUCCGUCACCUUUACCAAAAUCAAAUGAGUACAAUUUGUUCUAUUUCAAUUUUCUCAAUGUCAGCUUAGGAGGAAAUUUUAAACUGUGUCCAGACUUUUAUAGGAUUGUAUUGAUUUUUAUCAAUCAUUUUCUCACGACCAAAAUCUUUAUUACUGGUAUUUGUUUAUCAUCGAACUCAGAAUGUUAUCUGAAACCUACUCUGUUUAAGAAUUGUCUUCUUUCUUUUCACGCCCUCAUUCCCUCCACUUCUCUCCUCACUUUCCUCCAUUUCGAUACCCUUCCUCAUCCCUAUUCCUAUUUAUAUCUUCUCCCUUUAAUAGAAAAGAAAAUUACAGCCGAACCUAUGCUAAGCGGUCACAAACAGAGAAAGGUAGUGUGACCGCUUCAUACAGGUUGACCGCUAUGUAGCUUCUACAGAACAAUGGUAUUACGAAGAGCGAUAAAAAAAUGUCAUUUGAUGCCACGAUUGACCGCUCAAAGCACAGAAACUCCCUCAUAAAGUUAUAUUUGGUUGGUUCCAUUUUAAGUGCCCGUUCAACGCAGGUGGAAAGCAGUACAAAAAGGUCGUUGAGACUCAGUAAAGAGUGAUCACGACCGCUUAAUAGAGGUGAACACUUUGUAGAGUUGAAAUUUACAACAAAUAAGAGGUAACAAUUUCGGGACUUUGACAACUAACCGCUCAAUACAGGGUGACUGAUUAUUAUAAGUUCGACUGUAAGUUCCGUUGUUGGCAGGAAUUAGAGUAAACCCUUCGACAUUUUUUUUUUCGUCAUAUAAAUAUAACCCACAAGGCUCUCUUCCUGUAGAGCUCACUCGGCGGCAGGAAGAGAAUCACCAUGUACUUUGAGUUCUGAUUAGGAAAAUGAAGCCUAGUACAGAUAGGAAACUGACGAUUCUGGGACAAUGCAAAACCAAGGACAAGAAAAGUGGUUAGGUCAAACUCGGAACACUUUUUUAAUCUUUGGUUUUGCAUUGUCCCAGAAACAUUAAUUUUACAGCUACUACUGAGACAAGGAUGGAAAUCUCAUAUCAUAAUUUUUUUGAAAGAUUAUGGUAUAUUAACUUGUCAAUCUUCGGUAUCAGAAUGAAUUUAGAUAAAUUCAAUCAUUCGACAGGAUCAGCAUUAAUUUUGUAUCUUCUUACGAAGAAAUUGAGCUAUGCUUUGCUUAACUCUUCUGUCAUAAGAGUGUCUAAGUAAAUGAGAAGAAUGUGACAGUCUGAGUUUAGGCCUUCGUGAAAAUAAUGUCUCCCAUGUUUUUUCUUCAUUUCCCCAUUCAAAACUAUGAAAAGUUGUAGGUACUGCAGAAAAUCUGAUAAUGUUUUUUUUCUGUUACACCAGAAAGAAGAUAUAUUUAUUGCAAAAAAUCUUGUCUAGAAUCUUGCUGAAGGUUCCACAUUGAUUAAUUUAUUUUCUAAUCCUCUUCCAAUUUAGAAUAGGUUUGUGUUUUCUCCAACAAUAAUGGAAUUUUUGUUUAUAAUAUUUCUGAUCCUCUUCCGAUUUUUGCCAUUAUAUUGGGCUAUAAGCAUGCUUUUGGUGACCGCUACAGUUAUAUUAUCUUUCGUCUCAAAAAUCAACAAAAUAUGACAAGAUUCAAGUCUGAGCUAGAAAAUGUAAACUGGCCGGAGUUGCCCGGUUAUAAUUAUCCGUACGUAGUCUAUAGAAGCUUCUCUGAGAAAUAUACCGCUAUUUUAAUCAAUAUUUUCCUUUAAAAAAAGGUUAGGGCCAAAGGCUGUACAACAUCUGAACUCUGGCUUUUUUUAAAGCACUUUUAAAAUCAAUUCGGGAAAAGAAGGAACUAUAUAAGCGUUUUCUUAAUAACCCAACCCCACAAGUGCUAUAAGAAUGAACUCAAUCAGUCUUUACGAAUAGCUAGAAGUCAAUAUUAAGCUAAGAAGAUUGAAGAGGCAAAAACUGAUGUAAAAUGCUCUUGGAGGCUGCUCGAUGAGAUCCUGAACAAAAAAACUUCAAAAUUGACAUUGCCGUCGUUAUUCAAAUUUGACAUCAAAGACUCAUCAGAUCCUGGACAAAUUACAGAGCAGUUUUAUGUAGACACCUCACAAAUACUGGUCCCAGUCUAGCUAGGAUUAUUACCGCAUCUCACAAAUCGCACCGUCACUUUCUCUUAGGGGAUUUUAUUAAUUCUUUUUAUUUUGAUGAAAUUUCUUAGCAUGAAGUGGUCAAUAUUUGUAGCACUUUGCACUCUGGGAAAGCUGCAGGCUUCGUUAAUAUUUCGGCAAGUCUAAUGAAAGAAACAAUUACUUCAAUUCGCAGUUCUUUAACUCAUAUCUCUAAUUCAUCGCUAAGUUCUGGAGUUGUCCCAGUAGAGCUUAAGAUUGCUCGUGUCGUACCAUCGUUUAAACUGGUGGUAAGUCAUUAUUUUCAAAUUACAGACCUAUUUCUAUUUUACCCUCUUUCUCUAAAAUUUUAGGAAAACUCUUCUGCGAUCGUAUUAUUGAUUAUUUAAUUAAAUAUAAGAUACUAUUCGAUGAUCAAUUCGGUUUUCGUAAACAGCAUUUUAUUGAAUACACCUUAGCACUCUUAUAUUACAAAAUUCCUUCUGUAUUGAUAAUAAUGAGAUAACAGCAGGUAUAAUCAUUGAUUUGUCUCAAGCCUUUGACACUGUGAACCAUCACAUUUUACUUGAUAAGCUUCUUCUCUUUGGUAUUCGCGGUGUUGCAUGUCACUGGCUUAAAGACUAUCUAAACAACAGACAACAUUUUACUCAGUUAAUUGGAUUUAAUUUAUCCUAUUCAAAUAUCAAAUGUGUUUUUCCUCAGGGCUCCAUUCUUAGGCCUCUGCUCUUUCUAAUCUACAUCAAUGAUAUGUGUGAUGUCUCAAAGAUUUUAGACUUCAUUCUUUUUGCCAAUGAUACAAAGAUCUCUUCCACUCCUAAAAUUUGGAAUUUUAUCGAGGAAACCUUGAAUGAAGAAUUAUCUAAUUCAACAGACUGGUGCCGAGGCAAUAAGCUUUCGAUAAAUAUAAUUAAAUCAAGUGUCAUAGUUUUCAAACCAAGACAGAAAAGGGAAAUCUUUUACGGUCACUCGGUAGGAGGAUAUUAUAGAUGUAGGUUAGAAAAUUUUGCUUUCUUGAUAUUAUCAUUUUUACUUUUUUUAGAGACCCAAAGACCCUCGACUUCACCUACCCCAAGUAAGUAUACCCCUGUUUCUUUUCUUUUCUUUAAAUGAAUCGUUCCACUUUUUUUAGUCUAUUAGUCUGGCAUGCUACAACAACAACCAAAAUAUUCCAGAUCUCAUGAGCCCGCGAUCACCUCACCCCAAGGUUUAAACACCGUUUUCACUUGGCAAGGAUCACUACUUAAGCUUUGAAAAGGUUCUUUUUGUUGGUGAUCGUGUUUUUUUGCUAGCCAUAUGGCAAUAAGACAUCUUUUCUAAAGUUACAUGAACAGAAAUAGUGGUGUAAUUGUUCUCUUUGUUCGCAUGUUUUCUUAUUUUAUCUUUUUUCUUCUGUAUGUUGUUUGUUGAAGAGGAUAUUCUCGGUCUAUGUGAAACUUUUUUAUUUUUUUUUGCGUUGCAUGGUUCUUGGAUAACUUCUUUGUUAUAUUUAUAUGUAGGUGACGCUCUGAGUAACGAUGGGUAUUUCCACUUUUUUCUGUUUUAAAUCCCUAUGGACAUCUGUCUAUAAUUCGCGCACUAAGCUCCUUAAGCUUAAUCUCGUUAGGGGUUUUGUUUUGUUUUGUUUUUGUUUUGUUUGUUUGUUUGUUUGUUUUUUUUUACAGUAAUCAGUAGGAGGAUAUUAUAGAAGAAGGUUAGAAAAUUUUACUUUCUUAAUAUUAUUAUUUUUAUUUCUUUUAGAGACCCCAAGACCCUUAGCUUCACCUCCCCUAAGUGAGUAUACAUCUGUUCCUUUUCUUUUCUUUAAAUGAAUCGUUCCACUUUUUUUAGGCUAUUAGUCUGGCAUGCUACAGCAACAACCAAAAUAUUCCAGACCUUUUGAGCCCGCAAUCACCUCACCCCCAGGUAUAUAAACACCGUUGUCACUUAGCGAGGAUCACUACUUAAGCUUUCAAAGGGUUCUUUAUUGGUUAUCUUGGUUUUCUUUGUUAGCUAAGAUGCAUUAAGACAUCAUUUCUGAAGGUACAUGGCCAGAAAUAGUGGUGUUGUUGUUCUCUUUGUUUGCGUGUUUUCUUAUUUUAUCUUUUUUCUUCUGUUGUUUGUUAAAUUGGAUAUUCUCGGUCUGUGUGAAACUUUUUUAUUUUUUUGCGUUGCAUGGUUCUUGGAUACCUUCUUUGUCAUAGUCAUAUGUAGUUAAAAUGUUAAACACCGUUUUUACUUAGCGAGGAUCACUACUUAAGCUUUGAAAAGGUUCUUUUUGUUGGUGAUCGUGUGUUUUUUGCUAGCCAUAUGGCAAUAAGACAUCUUUUCUAAAGUUACAUAAACAGAAAUAGUGGUGUAAUUGUUCUCUUUGUUCGCAUGUUUUCUUAUUUUAUCUUUUUUCUUCUGUAUGUUGUUUGUUGAAUAAGAUAUUCUCGGUCUAUGUGAAACUUUUUAAUUUUUUUUGCGUUGCAUGGUUCUUGGAUAACUUCUUUGUCAUAUUUAUAUGUAGGUGACGCUCUGAGUAACGAUGGGUAUUUCCACUUUUUUCUGUUUUAAAUCCCUAUGGACAUCUGUCUAUAAUUCGCGCACUAAGCUCCUUAAGCUUUAUUUAGGUAGGAGUUUUGUGUGUUUGUUUUGUGUUUUUUAUUUGUUUGGUUUAUUUUUACAGUCACUCAGCAGGAGGAUAUUAUAGACGUAGGUUAGAAAAUUUUACUUUCUUGAUAUUAUCAUUUUUACUUUUUUUAGAGACCCAAAGACCCACAGCUUCAUCUUCCCAGAGUAAGUAUACCUCUGUUCCUUUUCUUUUCUUUAAAUUAAUCGUUCCACUUUUUUAGUCUAUUAGUCUGACAUGUUACAGCAACAACCAAAAUAUUCCAUGAGCCCGCGAUCACCUCACCCCAUGGUUUUAACACCGUUGUCACUUAGCGAGGAUCACUACUUAAGCUUUCAAAGGGUUCUUUUUGUUGGUGAUCGUGUUUUGUGCUAGCCAUAUGGCAAUAGGACAUCUUUUCUAAAGUUACAUGAACAGAAAUAGUGGUGUAAUUGUUCUCUUUGUUCGCAUGUUUUCUUAUUUUAUAUCUUUUUUUCUGUAUGUUGUUUGUUGAAUAGGAUAUUCUCGGUCUAGGUGAAACUUUUUUAUUUUUUUUGCGUUGCAUGGUUCUUGGAUAACUUCUUUGUCAUAUUUAUAUGUAGGUGACGCUCUGAGUAACGAUGGGUAUUUCCACUUUUUUCUGUUUUAAAUCCCUAUGGACAUCUGUCUAUAAUUCGCGCACUAAGCUCCUUAAGCUUAAUCUCGUUAGGGGUUCUGUUUUGUUUUGUUUUUGUUUUGUUCGUUUGUUCGUUUGUUUUUUACAGUAAUCAGUAGAAGGAUAUUAUAGACGAAGGUUAAAAAAUCUUACUUUCUAAUAUUAUGAUCUUUACUUUUUUUUAGAGACCCAAAAACCCUCAGCUUCACCUCCCCUAAGUAAGUACACAUCUGUUCCUUUUCUUUUCUUUAAAUGAAUCGUUCCACUUUUUUUAGGCUAUUAGUCUAGCAUGUUACAGCAAUAACCUAAAUAUUCCAGACCUUUUGAGCCCGCAAUCACCUCACCCCCAGGUAUAUAAACACCGUUGUCACUUAGCGAGGAUCACUACUUAAGCUUUCAAAGGGUUCUUUAUUGGUUAUCUUGGUUUUUUUUGUUAGCUAAGAGGCAAUAAGACAUCUUUUCUGAAGGUACAUGGCCAGAAAGAGUGGUGUUAUUGUUUUCUUUGUUUCUAUGUUAGCUUUUUUAUCUUGAAGAAAAGAAAAAAGGCGAAAACUCGAUCGAAAUCUUUACAAAUUUAACCAGUAUUACUGAUAUCAGAUGUUUCAGCUGCUUUGGUUUUCUAUUCAACUGGUCAUGUUUCAGCAAUAUCACUUUUUUCUUCCCUGUGAUACCCUUGUAGAUUAAAUUGAGGUUAAUUAAUUCUUGAAAAAUGGAAAAUAGGGCCAUAGCGAUUUAUGUAACAGAUACUUAACUAUGGGAAAAAACUUUCCCGAUAAAAUCCCACACAAGUAGAACACACAUGUUCCUUCCCUAUUAAUUCACACGAAACAUUUAGCCACAAUAAAAUGUCAGCCAUUCAAUAUGCUUUGCACUGGGUGGUUUCUGUGAUCCACAAUAUUACAUAGUGCAUGUACUUUGUAUAAUAGCUAAUAAUAAUAAAAAGUAAUUGUUCAUUCUUAGGAAAGGAAGAUGGGAAAGUCCUCAACUGGUUAACCUUGAUUUUUGUUGUAUUGCUGGUAAUUGCUCAUGGAUUCACUAUUGGUCUGCUUUAUUUUCUGCUUUCGAAAAUCAAGAGCAUCCAAGAUCGUGUCAAUGGAUUCGAAAGUCCUGUUUUGUAUAAAAAUGUCGUUGGCAAUCAAGAUGUCCUAGAACUAAAUGGAGGGGACGAACAGGGAAAAUGAUGUACUGAAAUCUAAACAUUUGUUUUUCCACUAGUAUGCCAAUUUACCAUAUUAAGGCAAUGGAACGCGCAAAAAAUGUCACGGUAUUUGUAACUACAGUCCGGCUAGGUAUUACUGUAUAUAAAAUUAGAUAUUAGUGACGUUUUCAAGUCAUAUUUCUGAACCUCGUACUUUGUGGCUGUAUUACGUUGUUGUGUCGCGAAUCGAACGUCUUCAAAGUCGUCACUAUUCUGCGAAUUUCCCUACGUCAAGUUCCAAUUGUUCCCAGGCGCACAGAGAUGACAAUCGGUAAGCAUGGCUUUGUAUUCUUUCAGUUUCAUUUCGUUUAAGUUUUACCUUGAUUAUCGUUAGUUUUAACUUGCCUUUGUGUAUUUUUUGUAAUGCAACUAUUGCUCGCGGCCUUGGUAAUUCCGUGUCGCUUAAAUUAGCCUUUUGUUUGUAGUUUAGUUUAAAAUUAUCGAACACGAGUAGAGUAAAUCAUAUCGGAUCGCUCGUCUGUUGAUUAGUGCGUUGAUAUCAGUUCAACGUCCCUCCAACCUUUGCGACGUUUAGAGUUUAGUUCCGGUAUUACACUGUAGAACAGGGCAACAAUACGAACAAAAACGGUCCGCUCGAUCUUUAAUUUCCCUGUCAGUUUUUUAGACAUGAUUUUCUCAUCAACAAGCUUCGAAACCCACGAGAAUUUUUUUCAUGCCAUCAGGAACACAUAAAUGGUUUCUUUGGUGUUGUGUUAUUAUUUCGCGUGUUCCUUGUGCGAUCAGUACGAUGUUCAGAUUAAACCAUACGGAGUUUUGAAACCUAGAAGCCAAAAGACAUCCUUUCUUCGAUGGUUAAACAAAUAAUGCGAGCUGACAAUUUGCUCAUUGCUCGUAUUUUUCCUCGCUGCGCGUAUUAUAUGUUAAACCAUUCAUGAGGUGUAUGUAUUGACCGUGCACAUUAUCAGGAAGGGCAGUUUUGUCAUGUUGUUUGUACCCCGGUUAAACAGGGCGGACAAGUGCACUUUGUAUUCAAUACAUUUUUUGUGCCCUAGAGUAGGCUUUACAUCAAAAUAUCACAGUUAUACAAACGUGUGCUUUUCACUACCCUUCCAAUGUAGCUGGAAGGAAAAUUUAAGUAAUUGAUCAUGUUAAAUUAAAAUAUCCUACUACGUAGUCCUCAUUACUUUUAUUGUGGUAGUCGCCGACUUGGAAGCUUUUGCUCCCUUGGUCACUAAUCACUUUGCUCUUACGGGGGCUUAGCCAGGGUUUUUGAAGGGAAGGGGAGGUCACAUUGUGUCAAACAGAGGAUUCUCACCUAUUUUCGCCACCUGAAAAUUAAUGUUUGUUUGCUCAAAAAAAGCUUACGAAGGGGGGUCACGGACAUCCAAGAAACCCCCCCUCCCCCAGCUAUGCCCCUGUUUUAUUAAGGUAAUUUGAUAUUUGUUACUUUGUAUUUUUCUUUAUUUCUUUAUGUUAAAUAAUUGAAAUUUAUUUUGCUAAAGUAAGUGUAAUUAAAUAAAAUUUACUACUGUCAGGGUAAGUGUGCAGUGCAAUACCUACUUGAG